AUGGCACCUGCCAUGCCUAUGCUAAUGGUUCCGCCGUGGCCCGCAGCCCAGGGACUCCUCCGGAACUGUUGGGAGCAACUGCAGCGGAAACUGCGGCAGAGCCGGCCAGGCUUUCCCAGUCCUCAAUGGGGACCAGCAUUAGCGGUCCAAGGUCCAGCUAUAUUUACAGAACCAGCCAAUGAUACCAAUGGAAGGAAGGAGAUUUCCAGUUUUUUGGAGAGCAUCUUUUGGAUGGCAGCUCCCAAAGACAGACGCAGCAUUGAAGUUAACAGGUGUAGGAGAAGAAACCCUCAUAAGCUUAUUAAAGUUAAGAACAAUAUAGACGUUUAUCCUGAAUGCGGUCACCUGAAACAGAAACACGUCCUCUGUGGCUAUUGCUAUGAGAAGGUGUGUAAAGAGACAGCGGAAAUCAGAGGACAGAUAGGGAAGCAAGAGGGAGCCCCUUUCAAGGCUCCUACCAUGGAGAUCAUGGUGCUGUACUUGGGGGAGACACCCUCCGAGCAAGAUCAGGGUAAGAGGAUCAUUGAGAGAGAACGGAAGUGGCCAUCCUGGUUCACCCAGAAUUGA